AUGUCGUCCUUGGAGAGUGUCAUUGAACUGAACGAUGGCGUUAAAAUACCUAAUUUUGGAUUGGGUCUCUAUUUGCUUGAAUCUGGUUCAGCUGCUGAACUUUCCUUACUCUACGCUUUGAAGAUAGGUUACAAAUUGCUGGACACUGCCCAAUUCUACCAAAAUGAAGCUGAUGUUGGCAGAGCAAUUAAAAAAUCAGGAGUUGACAGGAAAUCAAUUUGUGUUGUCAGCAAGGUGUGGGAUACCAACCAUGGCUAUGAGGCAACUGUAAAAUCUGUCAAAAACAGUUUAUCCUUAUUCCAGCUGGAUUAUGUUGAUAUCUUUUUGAUACAUUCCCCUGUUUCAGGCAGCAAUGUUGAAACCUAUAAGGCACUCUUAGAUUUGAAGAAAGAAGGAUUGAUCAAGUCAGUUGGAGUUUCAAAUUUUGGGAUCCAGCAUUUGAAAGGCUUGGAAGAGGCGGGUUUGCCCACCCCAUCCAUCAAUCAAAUUGAGCUCCACCCAUUUUGCAAGCGGGAAAAAUUGGUAAAUUAUUGCAGAGAGAAAGGUAUUUGUGUGAUGGGUUAUUGUCCAAUUGCCAGAGGAAAGUGCUUCAAUGAUCCAGACCUCAUCAACAUUGCGAAAGAGCAUAACAAAUCAGUUGCUCAAGUGAUGAUUAGAUGGAGUCUGGACAAGGGUUUUGUCACCAUACCGAAAUCGUCCAAUACAAAACGAAUUCAAGAAAAUAUGGAAGUCUUUGAUUUCAAACUCACUGAAGAAAAUCACCGGAUAUUGGCGGGCAAACCUGACAACUCCGUGGUCAGUCGGGAUCCUACAACCCUCCCAUGGGAAGGGUAA